AUGGAAGGCUACAAUGUAAUUCCCAUUAUUAAAUUGUGGCUAGACUUGGAGAAUAUUGAUAAUAGGAAUUAUUCUGAAAUUCCUGGUGAAAGUGUGGGUGGAGUAGCUUUUUAUAAAAGGGAUGUUGUUACUGCCCUCGUGACCACACAGAAUUCUGGAAAUGCUCAGUUGGUUGAGUGUUCACAGUUGUCAGCUAAGCCUCAUUUGGAUCUUGUGGAAUUAGCUCAACAUAUACAGACAGCUGACAAUUUCACUAAAGCCAAUGUUUGCAGCAAGUUAACCGUCAUUGCCGAACAAGUACGUUUUUUGCAAGAGCAAGCAAGAAAGGUUUUGGUAGAAGCUAAAACUAAUUCUGACCUUCAUCAUGUGGCUUGUAACUUUCGUAAAAUACCUGGUACAACCUAUUAUUUGUACCGAAGGUCUUCUGGUCAUCGAUACUUCUCGAUGAUCAGUCCUGAAGUAAGUUUUAUUUUUUUUAAAUGUUAUAUGCAGAGCCUGAACUAGAAUGGGACAGCAAUGAGGGUUGGCAAACUAACUGAAACAGUUUGCCACAUCACUUGUGAGGGAGGGCAUGGCGAGGUGGUUAGGGUGCUCGGCUCGCAAUCUUCGGGUUGCAGGUUCGAAUCCCCGUCACACCAAACAUGCUCACCC